AAUAAUCAUUGCAAAUUCUAGAAUAAAAUGUGUUGUUAACAUCAAGACUUAAAAAAAUGAUGAACCUUCCUUUGCUUUGCCUGAUUGCUUUAGCCAUCCCAGGAAAAACGGAAGAUAUUCAGGGUACAGUUGAUGGAUCUCUAAGUUUAGUUUGUCCGCAUGAUUUAGUAGAAUGUGGGGAAAUCCAUUCAAUCAAAUGGUAUCGGAACACAGACAGGCUUUUCGUUUACAGCCCAUUUUCUGAUUUUAGAAAUUCAGAAGGGACAAUUAAAGACAGAUCCACUGUGAUUGAGUCAGAAUCAAGUUCUGACCUCAUCAUCAAUGACCUUUUACUAACUGACAAUGGAAAUUACAGAUGUGAAAUCACAUACAUGGACGUUUCAGCCUCCUGCCAAACAGUGUACCAUUACUCAAUAGCUAUAACAGCUUUUCCUCGCUCUGUUGUGCUCAGUGUUGGUGAUGAAAUCGUUUUAGAAGUAGGAACAGAAAUGGGAACAGCACAUGGGAUUGUCGGCCCGUACAGAAUUGGUGCAGAAUUAGAACUGAAAUGCCAAACAGUCGAGUUAAAACCUCAAGCUGGAGUGGUUUGGUUUUUAGAUGACAAAAUUGUUCAAGAAACGGCCAGUGAAACUUCAGAGAUAGAUAAUGAACUUUUUGCUACAACAAGUACAUUUAUCUUAAAUCUGGACAAAAAUGAUUUAGCUCUUAAGGUGUCUUGCAGGAUAAAACAUGAUGACGAGGUUGUGGUGGAUUUAUCCCUAGAGGUAGAUGUUAUAGUUCCCCCAGAGAAAGUAGAACUAUUUGUUCCUGAGCUAACAGCCGGAGAAGAAAAUGAGCUGGAAUGCAGAGCUGAAAAAAGUAAACCUCCAGCAGUUAUAUCCUGGCUAGGAGUGGAAAACAUGAAACACGAGAUUGUUGAGUACACGGAAAGGGAACAAGAGGCCGAUACAUAUCUAGUUAGAAGUAGGUUGGCGAUAUUACCUUCCGCAGAAAACCAUAAUUCAAAAAUCAGUUGCAUAAUCGAACACCCUGCUUUUGACGAGAUCAAAGAAAAUACAAGAAUCUUGGUUGUCAAAUAUGCUCCAGUUGUUAGAUUUUCCACCUCAAACCAGAUUGUGAAAGAAGGAGACAUGAUCGAAUUAAGUUGUUUCUAUCAUGCUUAUCCUACAAAUAUUUCAUUUAUUAGAUGGUUUCAUAAUUCUAACGAAGUUACAAUUGAAAUGGUAGAUUUAGACUUGAACAUGGACGACAGAGAAAUGUUGGUUUUAAGUAACGUGACUAGAAACCAAGCUGGGGAAUACCACUGCCUUGUGAGUAAUGAAGUGGGCACUGGAACAUCCGAAACCGUCUUAAUUGACAUUUUAUAUCCGCCAAUGGUUGAAUUAACCAUGGACUUUAACAUCCCAUUGGUUGAGGGAAAUGAGGAUAAAAUAACUCUAGUCUGCUCAAUCAUAGAUGGAAAUCCAGCAAAUCUAUCCUCAGUCCUUUGGUUUCAAGAUACAGAACAAAUUAUGGAAUCAAUAGAUUGUGAGCCAAGGACGUGUAUGCUAAAUAUAUCUGGAGUAAGGCAAGAUUCUGGAAACUAUUCUUGUGCAGGAAUAAAUCUUGCAGGAUUAGGAGUUGAGUCAAAUUUCCUGUGGCUUGAUAUACAAUAUGCUCCGAACAAAGGUUCUGUUGAAUUAAAUGAAACCUACCUGGUUAAAAAUGGAAAAGCAGCUCUACUUUGUCAGGUCGAUGAUCUUGGAAAUCCAUCGGCUUCAGAGUUUGAGUGGAAAAGGAAUGAGGUGACAAUUCCAGGAGUGAAAGUUCCAAUUCUUAAUCUAAAUUCUCUAUCAUCGGAAAUGAGAUCCAAUUUUUCCUGUUCUGCUAUUAAUUCUGUGGGAAAUAAUUUUGGGGAAGAAUACUUUCUCGAUAUUUUGGCCCCGCCUGAAUUCUUAAGGAUGCCUGAUUCUGAGACCAUAAUCAUUAAGGACAACCAACAGUUGAAUAUUACAUGCCAGGUUGAAUGUUAUCCUCUGUGCUCUAUAGAUUGGUAUUGGAAUUCUAAAAAGAUUGAAGAAAAUGACGUAAUGCAUCUUUUCUUGAUGAGACAAGAUGCGACAGAAGAUCAAAAUUUAUUUCAAGAAUAUGAGUUAACUGAAAAGGAAAAUUACGGAAAUGACGAAAAUAAUGAUAGUUCUGCCAAAAUUAUCACAGAAGAUAUUUUCUAUGAAAAUUCUGGGAGAGAAUUUGACGAAUUAUUUUUCAUUCAUACUGAAAAUUUUGAAGAUGUAGAAGAAAAUAAGUUUCCGUCAGUUAUUUCUACACUAUCAUUUAAAAUGGGAAAUUGGACUUAUGAAGUUCUAAAUGAAUUUCAAUUUUCAACUUUCUCCUGCCUGGCAAACUCCAAUGGCGUGGGUGAUGAAAUCUCUGCCAAUACCACCCUCAUCAUAGAACAUCCUCCUCUUCAAAUUUCACUUAGCACUGAGAUCCUAGUUGGUGAGGAAGGAAACAUGUUGAAAACUAUAAAUUGCUCUUCUCAGGCUUAUCCUGCAUCACAGAUUACAUGGAGAAAGGAGAAUACUGUUAUAUCUGAGCAAGAUAUUCUAGAAUUUUUAAGUCCUGCUACCAGAGAAAUGUCUGGUGAUUAUAUCUGCGAGGCAACAAAUAUAUAUGGAUCAAUCUCAGAGACAGUCAAGUUAGAUGUUCACUUUGUGCCCUCAUGUUAUGUUACGCUUAGUGGUGAUAAUUCUGAAGAUAAUACUAAAAUCUUAGCGUGUACCGCAGAAGGCAAUCCACAGGAUUUUGUAUUUUGGUGGCAAAGAAAAAACAUUACAUUUGAAGGACAAGUAGAGGAAGGAGCCAGUCUUAUCAGAUUGAAGAAUGUAAACGAUCUAUCCCUUUAUUCCUGUUUUGUUAAUAACACAGUUGGGCAAAGUGAACCAUGUCAUCUUACAAAUUUAGAAUAUAUUGGAGAGAGGAGUAACAUUUUGGUGAUUGUUAUUUCAACUGUGCUAAUUCUCUGUAUUAUGCUGUUCAUUCUGUGCUUCUUUUGUUGCAAAAACCGCAAAGGAGGUGAAGCAACCAGCAACCUCCCAGGAAUAAGCUCCAAUAAGAUUGUCUUAUCGACAAUGGAAUAUACGGAUAUUAAUUAUAGAGGAAUUUAAACAAAACACCGUUUGCAAUUUUAGAUAAAGGGUGUACAUAUAAAAGGUUCCCACUUAUAUUUUGAAUUAAAGAGCUCUCAAUUUUGGCAAUAAAAUGUUGUGAAUUCAUAUUUACCUAAUAUUGGUUAUAAUGUAUUAGUGUAUUUGUGUCCAUCCACUUCUUCUCUUUAGUGAUUUUCUCUUCAGAGUUGGCAGGACAGGAAUUAUACUGUUAUCUUUAUCUAGUUUUCUUUUUUUUUAUGACAUCAGCUAUUUUAGUUGCUUGAUUUUGAGGUUUCAAUCACUAAGGAAAGGUACAGCUGAUCCAUACAUUUGAAAAUACUAAGCAGAGCUUAUUUCCUUAUUUUCGUUAUAUAUGAACAUUAAAAUCUUUUUAGUUUUGUAUUUAUGAUGACGAUUUUUGCCAUACUUCCUUUAAAUAUCUUUAUCACUUAAUUUAACACCUGAACAUGAGAGGAAAUCUUUCUUGAUUUGUUAGAAUAUUUCCUUGGAUUGAGCCAGAAAUAUCUGAAAUAAGCUUCCUCCCACUCUCUUCCACGAAUGCUAAAACAAAGAGCGCCAUGACUUCAUACUUGGCGAAUAUAUCCUUAUUAAAGAUUAUUAUGAUUAUGAUUUUACAACCUGGCAAUCUGUAUUCAACUUGAAAAACGUUUUUGAUACUUUUAGCAUGCUGACAAAUGGAAACUUCUGAAUGAAGUCACCUCUUGGACUUUUAAACCACUUUUUAAUACAUGAUUCAUUUUUGGUAAAUGCAAACUUUUUCCUUAUAUAUAUGUUUAUGAUUUAGAAAAUUUUCGGCUUGGUAUUCGUAGAUUUAAAUAAAUAAGAUAAGAAAUGGUAGGUUUGAACCUUUUAUAAUGUACAAUGUACAUCCUUUAUGAAUCGCACACAAUGCGAUAUUUUUGUUAAGAUUCCGAACACAUUGUGAGAUGAGAUAAGAUUAUCGUUAAAAUCGAUGAAAUUCCAAAAAAUCACUUUUCUCACUAUUAUCAUCAUAUCAUUCUUUAGACAUAACAUGCAUGUUAUAUGUGUUUAAAAAACAUCUAAAGAGCAAAAAUGCAGGUCGGAAGGAUUCACACUAUAAUCUUCCGACCCGCACUUUUAAAAAUUAAAAAGUACCUAAUGUCACCAAAAUAAUGUAAAUGAAAAUAAUA